GCGUGCUCUGUUGUUGAGUUUCUCUUGGAGACAAAGGGGGGGGGGAACCCCUUCAAGAAGGCCAAAGAAAUAAAAGAACAAGAGGACCGGUUUGGAAUAAAGCCGCCUCGGAUCCGGAUCGGCUCCGAAUUGCACCCUUUAAAACGCGCGCUUUGCAAUUUGAGUUUUGUUAUUUUGCAGAACCAGGAAGAGGCGCCUGCGUUGCAAAUCACGGGGGAGCCCGUGAGCGACGGUGCGCGGCGGCCAAUCAGCGGGCGCGGCCCGGACCGAAAGAGGCGGGCUUAGAACAACCUGGGCAUUCCAAAGCAAAAGAGACGAAGCGGAGGCCGGCAGAGGCGGCGGCGGGAGGGGGAGAAGGCUCCGAGAACGGCGGCCAGCGCCAGGCUUUUCUAGCGAGGUGGGAGGUGGGGAGAGAAUCUGGCGCGGCUGGGAAGAGCCCCCGAAAUUGGGCGAUUACGGGUUCGAAUCCCACUUGGGGAAGAGUUUGGGUUUAGAAGCGGGAUUAGUUUAAAAAUUUCGGGGUACAGAGGUGAGCCAGGCUCCUGGAAGCCAGUGCCCCUUCGUUCUCUUAGCUCCUAAGGGGAUCUGAGCAGCCCAGGAGCUUAGAGGUUGCCUGGAGUAGGGAGGAAGGGUUGGAGCGUGGGGGCCAAAGCUGGGUGAGGGUAGCAGAGGAACCUCAAAGUCCCCUAAGGGAGAGGACUUUGGAGGGGGACUUGAGUAAAGGUUGGGAGAUACUUUCAGUUGGGUCACCCAAUAGGAGAAGUUGAAUAAGGAGUUGGCCAACCAGCAAUGCAAGAGGUGGAGUCCAACGAGAGGAGCCCGCUCUUGGACCCCAACGUUCGGUCACCCGUCUCCUUCCCAGCGGCCAACGUCUUCCAUGGACGGCGCCUGGCAUGUGCUGCGGUGCUUCUAGCAGAGCUGCUGGAGAGGGUGGCGUUUUAUGGCAUUACCUCGAACUUGGUGCUCUUCCUCAAUGGAACGCCGUACAAUUGGGAGGGCACCCAAGCCAGCCAGGCCCUCCUGCUCUUCAUGGGCAUCACCUACCUGGUCUCCCCGUUUGGGGGCUGGCUGGCUGACGCCCUGCUGGGCAAGUUUCCCACCAUCUUGGUCAGCAUGGCGGUCUACCUCUUGGGCAUGUUGGCUUUCCCUGCCAUGGCCAUCGCUCCCAGCCGCCAGUGGCUCUGUGGGGAGCUUCAUCAACGGCUCAUUGACAACUGCUCAACGCCUCUGCAGACCAAUACCACGUCUGCCCCGUGCCCAUCGCAAGGAAACACGCGCUACUGUCUCAUCGCCACCUAUGUCGGCUUGGUGCUCGUUGGGCUGAGCGUGGGCUCUGUCAAGGCCAACAUCACCCCCUUCGGAGCUGAUCAGGUGAAGGAUCGGGGUCCGGAAGCCACCCGGCGUUUCUUUAACUGGUUUUAUUGGAGCAUCAAUUUGGGAGCCAUCCUUUCCCUGGGAGGCAUCGCGUACAUCCAGCAGAACCUCAAUUUCGCCAUUGGCUACAUCAUCCCCGCUGUUUGCAUCGGGGUCUCCUUCGUGGUCUUCUUGUGCGGCCAGAGUGUCUUCAUCACCAAGCCGCCGGAUGGCAGUGCCUUCACCGACAUGUUCAGAAUCCUGGCUUAUUCGUGCUGUAACCGAAAACAGCCGGAGCGGUUUUCCGGCCCGAGGGGCACGCAGGGGGUCCUUCACCAGACUCAGCCUUCCAAGGACAGCCUUCUGGAAGCGGCCAAGGCCUCCCACGGGGGCCCUUUCCGAGAAGACAAAGUGGAAGACGUCAAAGCCCUGGUCAAAAUCAUCCCCGUCUUUUUGGCUCUCAUCCCGUACUGGACAGUCUACUUCCAGAUGCAAACCACCUAUGUCCUCCAGAGCCUCCACCUGAGAAUUCCACAGUUUUCCAACAGCACAUCAAACGGCACCAUGAACGUCCCCACGUUCCCGGCGGCUUGGCUGACCAUGUUUGAUGCUGUCCUCAUCCUCAUCCUCAUCCCCCUGAAAGACAAAGUGGUGGACCCCAUCUUGAAGAGGAAGGGUCUCCUUCCUUCCUCGCUGAAGAGAAUCGCCUUUGGGAUGUUCUUCGUCAUGUGCUCUGCAUUUGCUGCAGGAAUAUUGGAAAGCGACCGGCUGAGGAGAGUCAAGACCAAAACGAUUGAUCAGAAGAUUGGGACGGCCAUCUACUAUGCAGCCGACAUGUCCGUCUGGUGGCAGGUCCCCCAGUAUAUUCUGAUCGGAAUCAGCGAAAUCUUAGCCAGCAUUGCAGGUUUGGAAUUUGCCUACUCCGCGGCUCCGAAAUCGAUGCAAAGUGCAAUAAUGGGCCUCUUCUUUUUUUUUUCUGGAAUCGGGUCUUUCGUGGGCUCCGGUCUCCUGGAGUUGGUGUCCCUCAAAUCAAUCGGUUGGAUGAGCAACCACACAGAUUUGGGCAACAUCAACGGUUGCCAUUUAAACUACUACUUUUUCCUUCUGGCGGUCAUCCAGGGUGUCACUCUGCUGCUUUUCCUCAUCGUGUCCGUCAAAUACGACCGCCAGAAGGCAAGGACUAAUGCCGGACGGACUUGACGGGGCCUGUAACAGAAGAUGAACAGAAGUCGGUGGGGAUCAGAAGAGGUUGCUGAUCCAGCAGGAAAGAGCCAUUUGGAGGGGCAUUUUCUUUUGAUUUGCAUGAGUUUGACUUCUAGGUUGCUCCCCCCCCCCCCCCAAAUCUUACACACAAACACAUACAAAGCAGAGAGUGCCUUAUGCUAGCAAACUAAUUUUACAAGCUGUAAAUGCAAUGCAGGCCAGGCGUUGGAACCCGGAAGCAUUUCAGAUUCCCUUCCAGGGUGAUGUAAAGACAGAUGGACAGAACUGUCCAACGGAUCAGUUCAGAUCCUGGCUUGGAAAGAAUUCCUCCCCCCGCCCCCCUUGGAUGCCUUUCAUAGAGGUUCAGAGGUAAAAGUUGCAGGCGUCAAGCCAGGUUUAUGAGUUGCUGUGCUGUGCAUCGAACCCUCCCUCCCUCCCUCCCUCCCUCCCUGUCUCUCUCUCUCACACACACACACACAUGCACCGGUUGUCCGCAUGGGUAGAACUCCAAAGCUCUACCAACGGUUCUGGCGUUAGGGCUGGGGAUCAUAGUUCAUUUAGUCCAAGCUAUGAAGAGGUCUAGUUAGACUGAAAUAAAGGAUGUUUUUUAAUCUACUGUAGGUU